GGGUGCUAGAAGAUGGCGCCGGGAGCGCGGUGCUUGUGGGUGCUGUGCGCCCUGUGCGGCCUGGAGCUCGGGCAGGCGGCCUCACGGGGGGCCCAGGUCCGCCGCGGGGCCAGGCUGGAGAGCGGCGCCGGCCACGUCUACAUGGACGGCGGGGUGAUUAAAGCGAGUCCCAGGGCCAGCUUCGACCUGAGGGUCUUCGGCCCGGAGCUGGAGCGGGCCGUGUGGCCUUGGCUGGGCUUCAGCCGCGACCCGAGCUGCGACAACCACAGCCUGGAGAGCGGGUGGCUGCGGCUGGUGGCGGAGAAGCAGCAGCCGAACAGCUCGGUGCUGGUGAGGGUCGAGGCCGGUGCCGCCGGCUUGUAUUACCUGUGCGCCCUAGGCAACGGGGGGCUGUGGUCAUCGCUGGGGGACUGGAAGACCCAGCUGGACAUCCAGCCCCAGCCCCAGCCCGCCGCCGCCAGUAUUCUGGCCGUGUGGGGCCAGAUCCUGCUGCUGGCCGUCCUGCUCUUGUCCUCGGCCCUGUUUAACCUGCUCCACCUCAGUGUCCUGUGGUUGGACCCUCUGGAGUUGCACAUCAUCCGCCAUUGUGGCUCUGAGAGGGAGAAGAAAAGUGCAAAGUCCCUGGAGCCCAUCAGGAAAAGGGGCAAUUUGGUUCUCUCCUCCCUGGUACUGGGCAGCGUCUUGGCGAACUCAGCCCUGGGUGUCUUAUUCUACCUGGCAUUUGAUGCCAUCCUGCCUGCUAUAUUUGUCUGUGCAGCUCUAAUGUUUCUGAUUUGUGAGAUCCUUCCCUAUACCAUCUGCUCGCGAUAUGGUUUCGCCAUUGCCUCCAGGACUUCCUGGCUGACUUGCCUUUUCAUAAUCAUCACCUUCCCCGUUUCCUUGCCGGUGGCCCUGGUACUCGAUUUAGCCUUGCGCCAGGAUAUCAGCACCUGCUACAUCCGAGAAAAAAUCCUGGAUAUGCUGAGGUCUAGUGACCCGUACAGGGAAUUUGUUAAGGAAGAGUUCAGUAGAGGGGCACUGAGGACUAAAGUGGUGGAGGACAUUAUGACCAACCUGAACGAUUGUUUCAUGCUUAGCGCAGGAGCUGUGCUAGAUUUCAAUACCAUGUCUGAAAUCAUGCAGUGUGGCCACACCCGAAUCCCAGUGUAUGAAGACGAGAAGUCCAACAUUGUAGACAUAGUCUAUGUGAAGGAUCUGGCAAUGGUGGACCCUGAAGACUGCACACCUUUGAAUACUAUCACCAAGUUCUACAACCACCCGUUGCAUUUUGUGUUUAAUGACACCAAGUUGGAUGCUGUCCUGGAAGAGUUUAAGAAAGGCAAGUCACACAUGGCUAUGGUCCAGAAGGUGAACAAUGAGGGUGACGGUGACCCUUUCUACGAGGUGAUGGGCUUGGUGACGCUGGGAGAUGUUAUCGAAGAAAUCAUCAAAUCAGAAAUCCUUGAUGAAUCAGAUGAUGCAGACCUCAAAGUGAAAAAAAAACCUCCUACUGUCAGCUUUCCUAUUGAGCGCAAGAAAGAAGACUUUUCUUUUUUUAAGGUGCCUGAUAUCGACCUAAAGGUCAAGAUUUCACCUCAGCUUUUAUUAGCAACUCAGCGCUUCUUAUCCAGAGAGGUGGAGCUGUUCAACCCCUCGAGGGUCUCUGAGAGCGUUCUUCUUCAUCUGCUCAAGCAGUCCAGUGUCAACCAGGAGGUGAAGUUUAAUGAAAAUGACAAACUGGCUCCCGAGCACUACCUGUACCAACGGAAUCAACCAGUUGAUUACUUCAUUCUUGUGCUGCAGGGACGUGUGGAGGUGGAAAUUGGCAAGGAGGGUCUGAAGUUUGAAAAUGGAGCCUUCACUUACUAUGGUGUCUCUGCACUAACUGUCCCUUCGUCAGUUCACCAAUCACCAGCCACUAGCAAUAAGUGGAGUCAACGAGACCCUUUCUCCAGAGACCUGUUGGAAAGUGGAGAGAAUGCAAGCCUAUCACUGUACUGCCCUGACUACACUGUAAGAGCACUUAAUGACCUACAGGUUCUAAAGGUUACCCGAUUGCAAUAUUUAAAUGCACUUAUGGCGUCAAAAAUACAGAACUCUUCACCUUCACCGGAGAACUUUGAACUGAAGGUGAUGCCCACUAGCCAGGCAAAGUUGCUUAAUAAGCAAAAUUCUUCCACAUGUGUAUACCAGUUUCCAUUGCCAGAUUGAUUCUGAAGACCAGGAAGUGAAAACAAGAUAGGAGAGAUGGAAUGGUUGUUGACAUUCUCGAUGGGCGGUCUACAUGAUGGAGGCUUCUGCUUGCUUUUACUCAAGUUUAUGCAUUUUGGCUUUGAGUCAUAGACGUGUGGCAUUCAACCUGGUAGUGCACCUGAAGGCUCUCCGAUGACAAAAACAAAAAUUAACUUUAAUGCACUUUUUUUCCUCUUCAAUAUCAUCAUCAGGCACUAGCAGAAGUAAAUCGCAAACUAGCGAGGAAGACAGCCCAGAGAGGAAUGCUGGCGUCUAGUGAAGGAAAGCAACGGAGGGUGCUUGAGUUCUCUCUGCCAAAAGCCACACCACUUCAGUAAGCUGUGAACGUACUGUAUUAGCACUGGCUGGAGCUGAUGCCAACCAUUUUGUUGGAAAAGCUGCACGCACUUGCUGUUGCAAUGCAGGAGUUGGGAGAAAGAAGAGGACUUAUUUUUGUAGAUAUUGUGCACAGUGAAAAGACCGUGGAGUGUGUUAUACUAAAAAGCUAACAUGACUUAUUCCUCAUAGAACUGGUAUCAGUGAUUUUAGACUUCCAAGAUUAUAAUCAAUAUUAAUCAAUUGCAUAUAAUGGAUAAAAAAUUCAUCUUGACUUUUGUACCCUUGGUCUACGGGUUUUUGUGCAGUUACUUGAAGACUCCAGCAAUAACACAAUUAAAUGUUGUUUAUUUUAAUGUUACGGUGGUGAUAUUAUGGUAAAACCUAGAUUUGCUAAUGCCUUGAAUUCCUUGUCAAUUGCUUGCAAGCUUUUCACUUCUCACAGUGACUCCAUUUAAGAAGAAAGAAGCACCUUUAACAGCCUUGGCUUCCAAAAUGCUUCAUAGUAAUUUCACUACAUUUGAAGUCAAAUCACUGUUGCAGUAUGGGAACAAUGCAGCAGUGUUGAUGCAGUGCUGAGGAAACAUGUAGAUUGAUAUAUAAACUGGUGUGGAUGCUCGGAGGUAUUGUCGUUCCCAUGUGAACUCUUAAAGGAUUGACUAAGCCUCUGGUUAACUCUCAUCGGAAAGGUGGUCCACUCUUCUGGGCAUAUCAACCACGAUUAUAUGCAGACGUCUGGGUGGUACCUGAUGUAAUUUCAUUGGUGUGAAACCAAACAAUAGAAGGGCCCGCAUGUAUUUUUAAAGCCAUGUUAAUCUCACCAAUGCUGAUAUAAAAUUGACUUGAGUAAAUAAGAAUUAAAAGUAGGAGCAAGUCUCUCAGCCCCUCCAGUUUGCCCCACCAUUAAGAGCAUUGUUGAUAAUUUUGGUCCCGGAUUACCCCCAUAAUCUUAUAUUGGUCUUAGAGCUAAUAUACUCUUUGUAUCCACAGAGUAUGCAAGAGGAAUAAACCAGUAAACGUUCCCAGUUAAAACAAGUUUCCACCUGCUGUUUGAAGCUUUUGAAUGAGAAUAGAAUAGGGUUCUUUGUGAUGCCCAUUGCAGUAAGAGGCACAUCAUCGAGGCUUGCACAAGAAUAGUCCCUUGAGUCGGGUACUGCAUGGAUGCCGCCUACCGAAAGAAUCAAUGGCCUGAGGAAACCAGCAGAGGAAUUUAUUAAAUCACCAACUUUAAUGUUACAUUCCCAUGAUGAAACCCAACAAGUUUGCUGUUAACCACGCAGUACACAUUCCAGUGGUUUUAUUUGGUAAUUUAGCAGUCUUUAGCCCCGAGUAAUUCCCAUGAAAUCUGAUUUUAACUUCUAAAUGGUAGCUGUAGAGAUCUCAAGCUGCAGGCGGUAUCAAGCAUAUGAUAAGGUGUAUUGGUGCACUGUUCUCCCCACCCCAUACAAGAUCUAGCACGCAGUCCAUCUUGUGCACCUCAUGUCCUUUACUGUCCUUUCUUCACUUGGUCAGUUAACCCAAACUGCAUAUCUGUGACCAUGCAGCACUCUGACCAUUGACAUUCUAGACAAUCAGGCUCCAAUCAUUUGUCAUUUGAAUCCAUAACCUGCUGUUCGCGUGCACUAUUUUCAGUUGGCAAAGAGCUUUUGAAAGGACUCGCAGCAAUGCUUUCGGACAAGAAUUCUCAUUAAGCAAUCUAUCCUGUCAUUGCCUUUCAAUGAUGGAGAAAGUCAAAGAGCCUCUCAGCUCAUCAUGUUAGGACCUAUCUGGUUAUUGCAUUGCAAAAUGGUGCUGAAGAAAUACUGUGCUACUGGUUAGCACUGCAAGUGAUACAGGAUUCUCGGGCAAAAGAUCCUGAGAGAUCGUAUGCUUAGAUCAAACGGCAGCAAAUUGUGAAAGUCAAUAAAUCUGGCAAUGUUUCCAAUGACACUAAGGUUGAAUUUAGAAUAUUUAAGGGUAGGUUAUCACUAACUGCCCUAGUUGAACAUGUCUGCAAUUGCUUGGAAUUGACUAGAAAUAAAGCAAUUUUUCAAAAACAUCAAAAAUAAAUAGAUAAACAAGAUAGAAGUAAAUGAAAAAUGACAAAGUGCUGGAGUAACUCAGAAUCAGGCAGCAUCACUAGAGAACAUGGAUUGGUGAUGUUUCAGAUAGAUGUAAUUGUCAAGUAUUUUGAAUUUGAGAAAUUAAUAGGAAUUUAUAACAAAUUGCUGACCUUGUUAGCUUUUGACUUCGCUAUUGACAAUAUUAAAACAAAUCCCAGGAAUUCUUUAUCAGAAAUAAAUGUUGGUUAGAUUGAAGGUACACAAAAAUGCUGGAGAAACUCAGCGGGUGCAGCAGCAUCUAUGGAACGAAGGAAAUAGGCAACGAUUCGGGCCGAAACCCUUCUUCAGACUGAUGGGGGGCAUGGGGAUAAGAAAGGGAAUAGGAGCAGGAGGAGCCCGAAGGUUGGUUAGAUUGAAGUUGGUUUGGUUCAGUGUGGAUGGCAAAAGCAAGUUGUUGAGGAGAGUAGUUAGAACUCUGUCUGAAGAAGGGUCCAUACCCGAAAUAUCAUCUAAAUACCGCUGCACCAUCGAGAGCAUCCUUACCAACUGCAUCACAGUAUGGUAUGGCAACUGCUCUGUCUCCGACCGGAAGGCAUUGCAGAGGGUGGUGAAAAUUGCCCAACGCAUCACCGGUUCCUCGCUCCCCUCCAUUGAGUCUGUCCAAAGCAAGCGCUGUCUGCAGAGGGCGCUUAGCAUCGCCAAGGACUGCUCUCACCACAAUCAUGGACUGUUUACCCUCCUACCAUCCGGGAGGCGCUACAGGUCUCUCCGUUGCCGAACCAGCAGGUCGAGGAACAGCUUCUUUCCGGCGGCUGUCACUCUACUCAACAACGUACCUCGGUGACUGCCAAUCACCACCCCCCCCCCGGACACUUAUUAUUAUUUAUUCAAAUCGUUUGCUAUGUCGCUCUUCAAUGGAGAUGCUAAAUGCAUUUCGUUGUCUCUGUACUGUACACUGACAAUGACAAUAAAAAUUGAAUCUGAAUCUGAAUCUCUCCAUGUUCUCCAGUGUUGCUGCCUGACCCACUGAGCUACUCCAGCAUUUUGUCUUUUUUAGUGAGAACACUGCCAUUUUGGCAUUUUCGCAGCUGUAAGAUGGUUAUGGUUAUUUGCUCGCACUAAUGCAGAUUCUUUCAUUUGGGCUCUGAUACAGUGCCCACUGCUCCACUCUGUGUAUAGGAGAAUUGAAUUAGCCCUGUGUCUUCCUCCUGUAGACUUACCCAGAACGUAAUGAUUAGUUGCCCCUGCGUCCCUGGCUGAGUUCAUCCAGAAAGUGAAUUACACACAGAGUGGUGAAUCUGUGGAAUUCUCUGCCACAGAAGGUAGUUGAGGACACAGUUCAUUGGCUAUAUUUAAGAGGGAGUUAGAUAUGGCCCUUGUGGCUAAAGGGAUCAGGGGGUAUGGAGAGAAGGCAAGGAUGGGAUACUGAGUUGGAUGAUCAGCCAUGAUCAUAUCGAAUGGUGGUGCAGGCUCGAAGGGCCGAAUGGCCUACUCCUGCACCUAUUUUCUAUGUAAAGAAAGGAUGAAAGAUAUUAUUUUUAAUCGGCAUGUUUUAAAUAAAAACUUGAAGCUUUGGUUUUACUGGAAAGGCAGUGCUUUAGGAAUGAAGAGAUGACUUGCCCACUUACCUGGAUCCCUUUUUGCAGAAAACUUGUAUGAGACCCGAGUAUUUCUUUUUUUUGCACGAGUAUGUUGCUUCCAUCUUGAGAAUGACAAGGUCACAAUAACCUUCAGAGUAAGCGAACAUGGACGCUGGAAUGAGACUGACUACCUCUUAAAUGAAGAGAAUGGUUACAACUUGUCGUCAUUUAUAUUUCGCAGCUACUAUUCUGCUACAUUCUAUGUUCCUGGGGCAUGUUUUCUGCGGAGAUAUAAUGGUCCACAAACUAAGCUCUGGUCAAGUGAUUGUGUGAGAAACGACAUGAUGGGAUGAGGACAUUUAUUUGUAAAUACCAAAACUGUCUGGUGAUCUCUAAUCUUGUAACCUUUUUAUUGCGCUUUCCUGCAGGUUAUGGAUGCAUACGGAAUGUGGAUUUGAAAUUUUGGAUAGAUUGUGUUUUCAAUGUCUUGGAUAGCUGACCUACAUGGAAAGAAAGUCCUUUUUUGUGUUUAUUAAGAAGUCUGAUCUUGGGAAAAGUUGAUAGAAAAAGAUUGGUCUUGGUUUUCUGAGAAUUCCUCAGAGUGGGGAAUUAAUUAAUCCAAGGUUUGCUUCCCUUGACUGCUGCCAUUAGAACGCCUGAGUGCUUAGAAGAGGCUGGGGAUAGGAUCUGACUAUGUUAAAGGCCUUGCCAAGGAAUGAGAAACUGGAACGAGGUCAAGACUCUACUUCCAGUAGGUGUCAGUUUAGUUAAUUGAUGGAGACCACAUUAUGCAGAAAGGACAUGGUGCAGAAAAUUAAUUUGCUGGGUGAAGAAUGGGAUCCUGGCUGGCUCGGUCUAAAGCAAAUUCCUAAUAAUGAGGAGACACCCCCACCUAACUCUCUCUCUCGCUAAGAUUUCAUUUGCUCACACUAAGAAGCACACUAUUCAAAAUUACCAUUUUUUAACAAAACAGAAAAAAAUAAAAAACAUCACUGAUAAUUCUGUAGUUUUACCAAAGAGUUUAGAGCAAAAUGUAAGUGCCAAUAAUUCAGCCAAAGUUACAUUUUGUUGUCAUUUUAAACUCUGUAUUCAAUAUUUCUAGGAGCUUCAUUACUGAGAAGUCAUCAUCAGGUUUCAUUUAAUGAUUUCUGGGUUAUUUAACCCAUCUACAUUUUAUAUGCAAACAAAUGUAUUAAAAUCACGUAAGUUCUGGUACAUAUUUUAAAUUACAUUCCAGGUAAAUAUUUUUUAAUCAUUGCAAUUAAAAUGUUAUUUGUAUGUACAUUUUUAUUGUGACAUUGGAGAUAUAUAUUUAAAGAGAAAUGGGUCUGUACUGUGAUUUAUUGUACUGAUGAGUUGACGUCUGUUGCAUUAGAUUGCAGGUCAGUUUAAUAAAUUGGAACACAAAAGCGCCUUUAAAUGUA